AUGGAGGAUGAAGCAGCUUUAGCCGAGCGUUACGCUGAUUGGCUGAACGAGUUGGAGCAAACAAAUCCAGAAGGUUAUCAACACGCGAUUGCGACGUUGCAAAGUCAACUGCAGUCUGCUGGCUCAGGGCUAAAUGAUGGUCCUGGAAUACCAAAAGAGUUCAAGCCUCGGUUUCCUGGUGACAAGAUUAUGGAGGAGAAGGGCUUGAAAGCCACAGCAGAAGGGGUAUACGUUGAUGUGAAAGCUGGUUUCACGAUCAAGACAAGGGACGUGAAGAACAGGGAGAAGGUGUUUGUGAACGUAGUCUUCACCGACGAGAUUCAAGAGUUUUCGGAGAAGAGAAAGCUGGAUAACGAAGGCAAGGAACACGUGGGCAUUCAUGUGCCAUUAAGUCUGGGUGCGCCGCAUGAGGUGAAGGACAAGAUGGGAGCAACUUCGGUGGCUUUUGACGUGGCUGUGAACACGAAAGUCGUAGAAGACUGCAAGGCCGACAAAACAGGAGCGUUUUACCGCUUUGUCUGCGAGCUGGCGAUCAAAUACAUUGAUCAAAAGUACAAAGUCAAGCUCGAUCAUUGCGACGAAAAGCAGCAGUUGGCAUACCAAGGGGCACUACCUCCGCCAAAGCACUAUAUUCGCAAAAAGCAGGCACCAAUCAUUGAGAUAGUCACCACAGAUGCGUCAAAGAAGGUUCGUACUUCCAAACCUGCAGCACGAAAAGUAUCAAGUUUUUCGAAAACAGCUACGGCGUCCUACGAGAUAUUUGAGGAUCGCGAAGAUGAGCGAACUGUUUGCCAAAGAUCUCCUGCUGUGAUGAAGGGCAGUACGCCGCUAUCACCCGAGAUACUGCUGCAGGCAGGGGAUCGACUGAUCGUCUCCAUUCAAUUCAAGAACGAAGUGCAUGCAACUACUGAUGUUGAGGUCGAAUUGCAAGCUGAGUUACUGACUAUCAAAGCCGCCACGCAUCGUGAUUUGGAAAUCUUUUUGCCUUACCCCGUGGAAGUAAACUUGCCGACAAUUUGCUUUGACCAGGUCCGCAACAAAAUGGACAUCACUCUUCUGAUUGACAAGUCCUGGAAUACUCUGGGACCUGAUUGUGGCUCAGCUCCGUGGCUUCUUGCUCGUGAGUUGGCUGAACACAACGACUCGCAGGUUUCAGGAAACGAUAACUCUGCCAGUGGAAAGCCAGAGACAUUGGCGGAGAUGUUCCUCCUUGCCAAUACCAAUUUGCUGAACGAUGGCAGUGCACCCACAAAAAAAGCUGGCAGACGAUGGGACCCUGUCAUGGAUGAUAAUGGUCAGUUACCGGAAGAUCAAUUUCAUCGCAAGGAUGCGCUGUCCAUGCAUAUCUUGGAGCAGCAGCGAAUGGAGCGUGAGCAGAAAGAAAACAAAGUAGUUGCACAGAAACGUACUAAGGCCGAGGAAGUGCAUUUGGAGACUCACGGUGUGGAGAAGCUGUAUCCGAAUGAGCCGGAGAUAACAUACCUUGACGUAGAAGACAUCGUUCGACAGGAAGAAGCAAGACUUGACCGCCACAUACAACAGCAACAGGAAGCGGACGACCAUGAAAAUGAUGACAUGUCUGCGGAGAACGCAGAGCGAGUGGCAGCCAAAUGGUCCGGGAACAACAGCACCCUCAAUUUACAAUCUGCUUUGGCAUUCGAUCUGCUCUAA